AGUACAUAUCACCCUGAACUAUCCUUUGCUCGCCGCCAGCAUCGACGACUAUUAAUUGGUAUUGGCAACCGAAGGCAAAAGAAAAGAUGUUGACAUAUAUGGACUAUCUACAGAACGCCUUCCACCGGGCAACCUCCUGGGAUCCUGAUAAUUCAUAUGUCAACCUCACCGCAACAGCUCAAGGUAUUAGUCCUCCUCCGUCACUUCUUUACUACUGGUAACCAAUGAGCAUUCUCCCAAAGCACUGCUCGAUUUCCCCACCCCCCGCGGUCUAAAGAUGAACUUCUCCUCCCUUUCUACACCCAAAUUCGGCACAAGCUACUCCCUCAGCAACCACGGCGUCGUAGACGGUAGCGUCUCAUAUUUAUACUCUAGCCUCCCGCUGCACAAUGUGCAUCGUAGCGCGGAGGUGGACCUGCACGACGUGACCACGGGGUACAGGCAGCUGGAGGAAUUGCGGCCACCGGAUAAUGAGCGGUUUUGGGAGGUCUGGAAGGGAGGUGUUAGGGUUGAUGGAAGAAGUGGGGGCUAAGUGCAUUCCCUUGAAUUUUUGAAUUACGGACAGAGGAGUAGGGGGGGGGGGGGUUGAGGGAGAUUUCCCUGGCUAAUUGAAGAGAGGGGAUGACGGUGAUUGGGGAUAGAUUCGUUAUUAUUUGGCAGGAUGUAUUUGCCGACUAGUACGCUUGAGGCGUUAUACCUCAGGAGGAUGAAACCUACGACGCAGUUUCGGAUCACGGGGGUUAGUGAUGGCAGGUUGAAAUCUGGAGGGACUGUAUGUUUUUUCUCUCUUCUCCCCUUCUCCCCUUUCCACACGAGUCCCAUAAUAUUGCCUUCUUAUUCUGGAAAGGAGUGAUAGAUAAUGGCCAUGAUGCAACACGACUUUGGUAAAUGGUCCGGGGAGUACCUGUAUAGCACCGACGGCGCCUUAAUUGGCGCACGGGGGCUCUACAACUUCGGCCGGGAUCCCAGAAAGCAGCCAAAUCCUCCACCACGAACCUCCGACGAGAAAGCCGUCGGGAGGUUUAGUAUGGGUGCAGAAUUCUAUUACGGGAUGCUUAACAAGUCUGCCGGGAGUAACCCCCCCGCCCCCUUCCAAUUCCUGCCAAUCCUCUCCCACUUUCUAACGGGAAAAAAAACUCCCACAGUGUCCACGGGCCUUCGCUAUACUACCCUCCCAACACACCCUAACGCACCGACGACUAUGACACUAACACUGACACCGCUGAUGGGCUCACUGUCAGCGACCUAUGCCAUCAAAGCCGGCGAAACGGCCUCUUUCUGCAGUCGCUUCGACUUCAAUAUGUACAGCUACGAGUCGGACCUCUCGCUCGGUUGCGAGGUCUGGCGCAGGGAAGAUGUGGAGAAGGAGGACUUUGCUGGCGUUUUGAAAGCGAGGGUUUCACAAACUAGUGGUAUCGGGCUACUAUGGGAGGGGAGGUUGAAGCAUUUGCUUUUUAGCGUGGGGGCUGGGAUUGACCUACGGAGAAAAGAUCAGCUGGUUAGAGCUGUGGGGUUGGAGUUACAGUAUUCUUCGUGAAGCUAGGGGAAGAUAAGGGGCCCCUAUCUGAGAGCACGUAAGUGUCGAUUGCUGAUCCCUACUUGGCUCUUCUCCAGUGCAUGGUUGAAACCAAGGCUGGAAAUCAUGUACUAUCACUCGAUUAGUUUUCCCGACGAAAAACAAAAAUGAACGACCCGUUUAUGUAGACCAUGAGCCGUGUAUUCCCGGGACUGUGCAGCAACGGCGCAGAUUGAGGGAUGGGGGGAAUGAUUGGUGAACAUCGGGGGGAGGGAAAAACUAGCCCCCCUACUAAAGACUAGCACGAAGAGAUUUGCUAGUAUCCUCUGAGUCCGAACCAUGACCCUGCUGGGUAACAAGACUCCUUGCAACAGACCAAAGAAGACAAAAAAUUUGGAGGAUAUAAACACUACAUCUAUAAGAUCCCUUCUGCUAUCUCCCAUACCUCCCUCGUAACAAAAGAAACAAGAUUAUAACACACACCCUUAUAACCCUUAUAGCUUUGCGACCACCGCCUCGGUAAACUGAGAUCUGGUGGCACUACCACCCAAAUCCUUCGUCAAUGCCCGGCCCUCGGCCAGCGUGUCAAAGAUCGCCUUCUGUAUCUUGCUGGCAUGGCUGUUUAAGCCCAUGUGUUGUAGCAUCAUCACAGAACUCAAUAAGAGAGCAGUGGGGUUGGCGAGAUCCAUGCCAGCGAUGUCAGGAGCAGAGCCGUGCACGGCUUCGAAGAUCGAGCACUCGUCCCCAAUAUUACCGGAAGGGGUGAGUCCGAGACCGCCUAUCAACCCGGCACACAUGUCGGAAAGAAUAUCACCAUAGAGAUUGGGCAUAACCAGAAGGAUAUCUCGAUAGAUAUUGGGGUUAGUAGUCAUCUACCGAAAUGGUUAGUAUACCCAAGGGAAGGUUGGAGAACAGUACGUGCCUUCAAGCAGACAUUGUCCAAUAGUUCGGCCGAGAACUCGAUGUGAGGGAAGUCCUUUGCGACCUCUCUAGCAGUGCUCAAAAAGAGUCCAUCGGACAUCUUCAUAAUUGUCGCCUUGUGGACAGCGCGGACCUCCUUUUGUCCGAUUGCCUCGGCAUGCUGGAAUGCGAAUCUCAGUACCCUCUCUGACGCCUCGCGCGUGAUCAAUUUAAUAGAUUGAACCACGCCCUCGACAACUUCAUGCUCAAUACCCGAGUAUUCCCCCUCGGUGUUCUCACGAAUCAAUAUAGUGUCGACAUCGUCGUAGGCGGUCUUAUAACCGGCAAUCGAGCGACAAGGACGCACGUUGGCGAAAAGGUUGAAUGUGCGGCGAAGAGUAAGGUUCAAGGAGACGUGCCCUUUACCGAUAGGAGUCUGCAGGUAUAACAGUUAAUGCAUGCUAAAGAGAAAUAGGAAAAGAGAACCUACAGCGAGAGGUCCCUUAAGGGCAACCAAGUUCUUCUUCACAGAGUUAAUUGCGGCGUCGGGGAUCGUGGUUUUUCCGUCCUUGAGAAUUGGGGUGACAUCGACAGAUUCCCAUUCAAUAGGGGUCUGUGCAAACGUUAGCCGCUUGCGUCACAAAGCCCGUGGAAACAUCUUGAAAGUUUCACUCGGCGGAACAUUCUGAAGCCAUCCUAAAACGUUUUUGGAGGCACUCUAUGAUACGCACCUUGGCUGCAGCAAAUAUAUCCUUAACACUCUUGGAAAUUUCAGGCCCAAUACCGUCUCCCUCAAUAAACGUUACAGUAUAGUUUCCCUAUUCCAGUGAAAACAGUCAACAUUGUGAAUUUUUUCUAUACGAACCGAGCGGAGCAGAUCCCGUUAUCAUUCUGGAGAGGUGACAGGUUCAGGUCACCCCAACCAGAAAAUAACUCAACAGUCGGUGAGACCUGAUUUUUUCUUCUUUCUUUCAGAGACAUGGAAUGGAAUAGGCAAACAUUUUGAUUCUUGGCUCCCUUGAACUGAGCGACCUUGUUGGUAGAGUAGAGUCUAUUACCUUGAAUCUAGUUUAUACUUAAUGUCAGCUUAAGAAAAUCUUUCCUCUGCCCUCUCUCUGGUGGGAGGAAAAAGCAAAUAAAGCUCUCAUACUAAAAGAGACCUGGUCCGGAAAGCAGGGCUUGCAAAGGAAAGGCCUCUUGAGAGGCACCGCACAGAAGACAUUGUGUUGUGUGUCCCGGGGCUGGGUUGUGGUAGUUAUGAUAUGAGGUGAGAAGGUGAAGCAAAGGCCAAAAUUGCGCGCGGCUGUCACAAUGGCGAAGGAGGGGGAGAAGAAGAAGGCGAGGAAGGAAUGAGAUAGGUACUUCGGUAUGCAGGUGUUGUUGGAACAAUCCACGCCCU